UGCAGUCCAUGGCUCCAUGUUCCUCUGACAUUCACGAAAUCCGAGACAGGCUUUUGUCCAGACUCCAAAGGCUUAUCACCCAGUAGGGGAAGAUAAACAAAGUAAAAAGGUCUCACAUGUCAAACAUGAUGUCCUGGGCCCAAAAAAGUGAGAGCGCAUGUGAUAUUUCUUGGAUAGUCAUGGCGGCUUCCUACGGCGGCCCUCUUGAAUUUCUGGGAUUUUGACCGCCUUUUUUCCAGAUAUGCUAAAGCAGGACAUGUAUAUGCUUGAGCCGCCUUUCCUGCUUUGUAUCUCUAUUGGGUUUUUGUUGCAUUCCCUUGUGGUUGGGCAAAUUCCCUUGGGUUCACAACUUGCUGUAGCUGAGAACAAAUCUUGGGUCUCACCCAGUGGUGAUUUUGCACUUGGAUUCUUUGACCGUUCGGACCAACCUAACCUGCAUAGCAUAGGGAUCCGUUUCAAUUCGGAUUCCAUUGCUGUUGCUCAAAGGAAGGUUGUCUGGGUUGUUGGAGCUGAUGUCACGGUCGGUAACGAGUCUUAUUUUCAGCUCAACCAGGAAGGAGAACUGGUUUUGUUUGAUUCCUUUAAGGGAGUCAUUGUUUGGACUAGUGAAACAGGCAACUUAUCAGUUUUUUCGGCUGAUCUUCGUGAUGAUGGAAAUCUUGUUCUGCUAAACAAUAAGAAAGAUGUUGUUUGGCAAAGUUUCAAUACUCCAUCUGACACGCUUCUUCCAGGACAGACCUUAUCUGUUAUUCAAAUGCUUCGAGCUGCCAGCAGGAAUUCUAUGUCUAGUUACUUUACUCUUUAUGUGAAUGCUUCUUCAGGUCAGUUACAACUAAGGUGGGAAAGUCAUGUUAUCUACUGGACAAGUGGAAACCCCAUUAGUUCAAACAUCACUGCUUUCCUUACCUCUAAUGGAGCACUGCAACUCCGCUACCAAAAAUUGAAACCUGUUUGGUCGGUGUUUGCACAAGAUCAUAAUGACUCUGUAAGGUACCGAUUUCUUAGGUUGGACGUUGAUGGUAAUCUCCGGUUAUACUCAUGGGUAGAAGCAUCACAGGCUUGGAGGUCGGUCUGGCAAGCUGUUGAGAAUCAGUGCAAGGUCUUUGCAACCUGUGGACAAUGUGGCAUUUGUCUCUUCACUGCAACAAGGUCUGAGUGCAAAUGUCCGUUUAAGGUAACAACAGACUCUAACUCAAGAUGUUUGGUUCCGUAUAGGCAGGAGUGCAAAUCAAAUUCCAAUAUGAUGAUGUAUAAGCACACCUAUCUAUAUGGGAUAUACCCACCAGAGGAUUCAGUUAUCCAAACUAGUUUACAACAAUGCAAAAGCUUGUGCCUGAAUGAUCCAAACUGUACAGUUGCAACAUUCACAAAUGAUGGAACUCCACAGUGCCGACUGAAGAAAACUCUGUAUGUCACUGGGUAUUCAGACCUAAGUUCAGUAUCUUUUGUCAAGACAUGUUCAGAUCCAUUAGCUGUUAAUCCCAAUCUCGAUCUCAAUGUAACCUCCCCUGCACGUUCUCAACCCAUACAGUCUUAUAAGUAUUGCAUCCCUUGUCUAACUGGAGUAGCCUCAGGCACAUUUGCUUUGCUUAUUGUAAUUCAGUUGGGAAUUGGUUUCUGCAUCUACCGAAGAAGAACCAGUAUUCGGACGAAAGCAACUUUAGCUUACACAGGCUAUAACUCAAGGGGUUUAAUUGUGUUAUCCUUCUCUGAAGUCAAGGACAUUACAGAGAAUUUCAAGCACCAAAUAGGACCGAAGAUGUUCAAAGGUGCGCUACCCAACAACGAGCCAGUUGCAAUCAAAGACCUGAAAGCAAACAUAGAAGAAAGGAAGUUUCGUAGCGUAGUUUCAAAAAUAGGAAGCAUUCACCACAAAAAUCUUGUGAGGUUGGAGGGCUACUGUUGUGAAUCAAGUCACAGAUUUUUGGUUUAUGAAUAUGCAAAGAAUGGUUCUGUGGAGAAAUAUGUUGAGGAUUCUAAAUUGAGCAAGAGGCUGGCCUGGAGAAAGAGAGCUGACAUAUGCUUAAGCGUGGCAAGGGCUGUUUGUUAUUUGCACACAGGGUGUAGGGAGUUUGUAAGCCAUGGGAAUUUGAAAUGUGAAAAUGUUGUCUUGGAUGAAAAUUUAGAGGCCAAGGUGACUGAAUUUGGGCUUUGGAGAGUAAACAGUGAGGCAUCAUCAGGCAAUGGAUUUUCUGCAGAAAAGGAUGUGAAGGAUUUUGGCGAGAUGGUGUUGAGAUUGAUCAGUGGGUGUCAAGAUGUUGGGGACCUUUGUGAGUGGGCUUAUAAGGAAUGGAUGGAGGGGCAGGCAGAGAAUGUAGUAGAUAAAGCCAUUGAUGUAAAAGGUGGGGAAAAUUUGGAGGAGCUGGAGCGUGCAUUGAGAAUCGCAUUUUGGUGUCUUCAAAGCAACGAACAUAUGAGGCCUUCUAUGGGGGAGGUGGUGAAGGUGUUGGAAGGCACAUUGACAGUUGAUCCUCCGCCACCUCCAUUUUCCUGCCAACGGCCACCAGAAGAAGCAGAGGAAGAGUCAUUGGAGUAAUGCUUGGAAUCAAAAGAACCCAGUUGAAUUUUGUGGGUUAUUUGUUGUAUUUGUUUUAAUUCCAUUUACCAUGUAAAGUUAGGACUAACAUGCAGGAAGAUGACAACUUGGUCUGUAGCUGUGUUCAGUAGAAUUUUCUCACUCUCUUUGUUCCAAGAACGUAGAUCGGAAUGUUUCAAUAUAGAAAUUGUAUCUGUCACCACUACCUUUGCAAUAGAGGGUUUCUCUUCCUGGUUU